AUGUGCACAGUAACCUACAACGAAAUUAAAUGCUCCCUCUGCAAGACCCUGAUCAAAUCCGAGGUCGACCGCAGUAAAUGCUACGAAGUCUGGAACUCCGAGUUCACCAUGAAUCCCCUAGAUUUCGGGGGGUGUAAAGAAGGCCAGACAUCGGUGACGAAGACGAAGGAGGAAGGGAUGUGUGAUGGAUGCUGGUUGUGCGGUGACGUUGGGGGUGGAAGUUGGAAUGAAGGGGAUGGGUUUUGGUUGCGAGGACUUGAUUGUAGAGGUAUAUUCUACAAGACACAUAGAGCCCCCCUUCCCAUUCCCAUUCCCAAUAUAGUCCCACCCCCCAGCAAAAUGUGCACAAUAACCUUCAACGAAACCUACUGCUCCCACUGCAAGAACCUCGUCCAAUCCGACAUCGACCGAAACACCUGCUACGAAGUGCUCAAAGCGGAGCACACGGCCAAACCACUGGCGUUUGGUGGAUGUAAAGACGGGCAGACGACGGAGACGACUACGAAAGAGGUGGAUAUGUGUGGUGAUUGUAAGGCUAAGGAUAGGGGUGCGAAUGUCUGGAAGGGGUCGUCGAUGGGGGCACCGCCGGAUAUGCCGCAGUGGUAG